GGCCGGCCUGGCCCGGAAUGACCCGAAUGACCCGCCCAUCAUCCUUUUUUGAACUGAACACUUCCAUGCGGCUCGGACCGUUAUGUCUUCAAAAUUAAUAAAACAAAAAUAUAAUAAUAUUGAAUUCUAGUAAAAUACAGAAGUCCUCUGCAGCCGGCCAGCUCCCCCCAUUUACCUCGCUCUCUUUCUCUCUCUCUCCUCCACUCUCCCUAAAAGCCUUCUCUUUUCUCCCCAUGCGCACCAGCUCCAGGACGAACUCCGCUCUCCCUCUGCGCAGACAAAUCGAAGCUCCAUGGCUUCGACUAACGAAACCAUAUGGAGCCGCGCAUGGAGAGUGGCCAAAACCCUCUUCUUCAUCACCAACAUGCUUGCUUCUCUCCUCCUCGUCUGCGCUCCACCCCUCCUCGUCGUCCUCCUCGACCUCCUACUCCCUUCCACUCUCCUCGCCGCUGUCAACGGCCCGGCUUUCUCCGCUCCAUCAUUCGCAUCUCAAAUCAGAACAUUUCGCUUCCGGGGUUCCCUCGUCGACCUGCCCCUUGUUUCCUUAGCUAGAUCCCUCCUCAUUCUCUGUUCUUACUUGUGCUGCAACGGCUGGGAGCCUUACUUGGCAGUGACCGGCGUGUGCGCUGGGGCAUCGGCGGGGUACGUGCUGGUGAAAGCGGUCGCCAUGUUUUGGCCCGAUCCUUCGUUUAGGUUUAAGGAGGGCUCUAUUGUGGAGGCUCUAUUUUUGACUUCUCUGGUUUUGGCUAUGGCUCAUGUUGUGGUCGCCUACAGGACUAGCUGCAGGGAAAGACGCAAGCUUGUUGUGUAUAAAAUUGAUGUUGAAGCGGUAUCGCUUUAUAAUAACGACUUUCACAGCUACCAUAAGAUCACACUGAGCAAGUAGAAGCUUGAUGCCAUUGUGGAGAAGCCAACGGCUACUAAAGGCAGCCCCAUUUAUUCUCCGAGACUUCAGGUAGGAUUAACAAAGUUCCAUCUGUUCUCUUUACUUGUGAUGAUUGAGCUCUGAAUCAAGAUUUUGGCCGCCUAAUUGUACAGCACAACCGAGCAAAUUUCAUUAUAUUUAUAGUGUAUGUUUGUUAAGCAUCCCUCAACCUUUAAUUAGCUACAGAACCUCCAACACUUUCGAGACAAAUUUUUUUAUGGGCUGUUUGGGUGAACCUUCUGAAAAUAAAUAUAUUUCUAGGAGUAAUUUGAAUGCUUUUAUUGUAAAAUUUGUAAGA